AUGAUUUUAAUCAUCGCAGGUCCAUCGGGUUCAGGAAAGACAACAAUUAUCAAUGAAUUAAUAAAAAGGACAGAUUAUAAAUUUGUAAAAACAUUUACGACUAGAGAACCAAGAAAUGAUGAUUGUAAUAACUAUAAUUUUAUAAGUGAAAAAGAAUUUGUUAACAAAAUACACAAUGAUGAGCUGUAUGAAUACGUUUAUCAAUUUAAUAAUUAUCACGGCACUCCAAAACUAAAAAAGGAAGAAAAUUUAAUCUACAACAUCAAUUAUGAUGGUGUUAGAACAUUUUAUAAUAAUAAAAUACAUAACGCCUUUUACAUUCUUAUAAAAUGUGAUCGCAAAUUAUUAAAAGAAAGAAUUUCUAAUAGAAACAAAAUAAGCCAAGAAGAAUUAAAUAAUCGAUUAAAAACAAUUGAAAAAUAUGAAAAACUUGAAAUAGAAAUAAAAUUUGAUCUGAUUGUUGACAAUUCUAAAUGCGAUUAA